GAGAGUAUCUUGGUUUUCCAUGAGAACCCUGAUGAGCCAGUCAUUUCUUACUCUGAUCACCAAAUUCCUCGACAUAUCCUCGAUGACAUCUACAUGAAGAAUAGCCGUCUAGCUGUUCCUAGAAUUCUAUCUUCCUCAUUCUUUCUCGAUCUCUGUCCCGCUGACGGCCAUCCGCCUUCUUCUGCCUUUGCCUCUGCAGCUGAAACCAAAGAUAACUCCAUGGACGGGCAUACUGGUCACCGUCAUCUUUGCAUUGUCCUUCUUCUAAACUCGAAAAACCGUGAACAAAAUGCCUUCAAAUUGGAUCAAUUCCGCAUGGUUUUAGGGCAUGUAUCACAUGCUCUUAAGUUUUCUCUUGGUCUGUCUCAACAUUUGCCUGCAGAUUUUUAUCCUCUCCUUUCUCCAGCUUAUAUUUACGCUGACCGACAAGCUGCCUGGUUAAAUAAUAUUUCAGAUUCUUCUACAUGCUCUUCCUGUCUCGAUUUAUCAAUGAAUCUUGAUGGGCAGCUUCUUGCUCUUUGGAGAAUCACAUCUCGAAUACUUGCUUUCAGACCCCUCUUUAGAAAUGGGACACUUACCUCAGAUUGGCUGAAAGGAACUUUAACUGAAUUGGUGAUGGAUUCUCUAUCCGUUGAUGCUUUUCUAAAAUCUCACGAUGUCAGAGAAUUACAAGCGAAUGUUGCGGGGUGGUCGUUGGCUUAUCUUCCCAAAAUGGAAUCGCUUUUAGUGGAUGAGCUUGCCGUUCCAUUAUGGUUAAGAAUUCGUUUGAAACUUGCAAGCAUAAUGCACUUUACGCUUUCCUACAUUGAUGGUAUGUGGGCUGAUCCGUUGGACUUUUUCCUAACCAGUGGAUUCACUUUCAUUUUGUUGGCUGUGAUAGCAGUCUAUCGAGUGGGAUGGGAUUUAUGGAGUGAAAUGGCUCCACGUUCUCGAUCUGGCAUGAGUUUCACUCCAGUGAUGUCUGAUUUGAGGACUAAGUGUCCCAACAACUUGCAUUCCCCGCCAAUCAAUCGGUUAAAGGAUGAUUUGGAACCCAGGUCACUCGUUUUAACCCCAUCCACUUAUGAUCGUUUAAUCUCUUCUUCACCCAAGGGCCAACUCACGAUUCUUCUCUGCACUGACGCCUCUCCACUGGGUCAACGACUGGCUGAUCAGUUCUAUCAAAUUUGCUAUCGAUAUAGAGGCAACUCAAGCAUUGAACUCGUGCCAGCAUGCUUGUUCUUGGAUCGUUACGCUGAUUGGUUGGGUUGGGCGCUAGAGGCUGCAACUCGAAUACCUUUUCGCCCCGCUAAUCCUUCAGGCCACUCCAACAAGGUAUCAUUAACUUUUAACCCUGUCAACUGCCGAGGAACUGUGUUCGCCAUCAAUGGUUUUCGAAGAUACUUCCAUAUGUAUCAUCCACUACUUCCCGGUAGCCAGGCGAGGUCGUACGAUCAGAAUUCAGAUUAUGAAACGGAGGUGAAUGGUUCUUCUCUUCGACAUCGUAAAAAAGCACUUUCAAAGGAGUCUCGUCGCGUGGCCAACUUUAGUCGUCUCUUAGGCCUUAACCACCUUUCCUCUUCAGAUGAAGAUGACGAUGAUAGCAUUUAUGAAUCAGAGGAAGAUGAAGUAGAAAGUAGGGGAAUCUUACCUACAGAACUUCCCCUAUUAGAGUAUGAAGUGCUUGCAGGUCUUCCUACAUGGUUCGAACGACUUUUUGAGGGAUCUUUGAGGCGCCAUCAAGUGUCUGAGUGGCCCAAGUAUCUCACGACCAAAUCUUCUUGCUUUGCAGUGUAA